AUGUAUAUUUGCUAUGCUGGAUUAAAAGCAGGUUUCAAUGAGGGUUGUAGACCUUUAAUUGGGUUGGAUGGCUGCCACAUUAAAGGUGUACAUCCAGGACAACUUUUAACAACAGUUGGAAUAGAUGGGAAUAACCAAAUGUAUCCUAUAGCAUUUGUUGUUGUUGAGAUAGAAAAUAAGGAUUCAUGGAGCUUGUUUCUGGACCUAUUGAAGGUGAACUUAAAAAUUGAAAACUCAAACCAUUGGAGCUUUAUUACAGACAACCAAACAGGUUUAGAGCAAGCCUUGAAGGGUUUGUGGGAUGAGGGUGUACCUAAGGCCAAGCACAGGCAUUGUGCAAGGCAUCUAGAGAAGAAUUUCAACAAAGUUUUCAGGGAUAAAACAUUGAAAGACCUUUUAUGGAAAGCUGCAAGAGAGGUAACUAUUAGGAGAUUCGAAGCUGUGAUGUUGGAGAUCAAAUCAAUUAUUGAUGAGGAAGCAUACAACUGGUUAUUGGCUACAUGUCCACAUCACUGGAGUAUAUCACACUUUAGGACUCAACCUAAGUGUGAUAUACUUGUAAAUAACAUGUGUGAGGGAUUCAAUGGUACAAAGUCAAUAUUGGCAACCAGAGAUAGACCAAUAUUGUUGAUGUUGGAGCGUAUUAGGAUGUACAUGAUGCAAAGGCUCACUAAAAAUAGGCAUUCAGUUAUAAUGUGGGAGUCUAACAUUGCACCAAGGGUCGCAACUGUUCUUGAAAAGAACAAGUUAGAAGCUGGAAGUCACAUUCCCACCAAAGGGAGUGAAUUCAUGUACCAGGUGAUGAACAUCCAUGUUAUUGCUGCUAUUUGGCAUAAAAGGGAGGAUCCAAUGACAUAUGUCUCCAAAUGGUAUACCAAGGAAUACUACAUGAAGGCAUACGCUCAGCAAAUUUUUCCAAUUAGGAAUCAAGAUGAGUGGCCUAGAAGUGGCAAGGUUGGAAUGAUUAAGCCAAUUGGGAAGACUCAACUUGGUAGGCCUAAGAAAAGCAUAAGAGUUGAACUUGAUGAGUUGGCUCCACCAACAUCCAAGAAAUUGAAACGAAGAUAUGUGAGAAUGAGAUGUUCUGGCUGUGGUGCAGUGGGCCACAACUUCAGAACUUGUGCUAGAAAUAACUUCAAUUCGGGAAAAGAUAACCCCCCAGCUGAUCCUGGUACUUACGAUAGAAAUAGCAGUCAGCCAGAAAAUGCUUCAGUGAGUUCAGCAACAAAUCUGAGUGCUCUACAAGGAAUAAUGCCACCACCUCAGGUUGAAGCAGAAGAGCGGCCUGAGAUUUUAGAGGCUUAUUUGAUUUCGGCUGUGCCAUUCUUUGUCUUCUCAGAGUGGCUGAAAAGGGUCUUAAUUUCUUCUCCUUCUGCUUUUGGUGGGGGCAUUAACCCUUUGCUCCAUUGUAGAGGAGGGGGAGGGUGUAGAAUAUCAUGUGCUGGUAAAGCUGUUGAUGCACCAGAGGGAGCAGAUCCAUCUAGUUUGGCAAAUAAAGUAGCCAAAGUUGCUGGUCCAUAA